AUGUCGACGGAGGAUGCUCUGUGUUUUACGGGGGAGGAAUAUGCCCGUCAUGUGAGGGAGUACUGGCGUGGAGUGGCGGAAUCCGAUGGUUUUGAUUCCGAGGAUAUUCGAAGUCCAGUAGUGCUUACUGGACUGUUUCACUACGACUGUCAAUCUGGUCGUCGUUAUCCUGACCCUCUCUUGGUCAAGCGAUAUGCUUUGUUGGGGCUUCAUCGUUUCAAUAUUUUGCAGGGGACAAGUUUCGAGCUCGAUGCCCUACAGAAAUUCAACAAGACAAUGAACCUUACGUCUUCGUACUACAUUACUUUGCUUGCAAACGAGCCAGGAGCUAUUCCUUUGCAGAAAACCUUUCAGGUUCGAGUUGAUGAACGAAAAUAUGACACUUUGGAUUUGACAGUCGCUAUUGCUAGGCUUAAAAAAGAUCAAAAUGAAGCGGCGGAGACCACCAAGGAGCCCUUCGUACCUCACUUUUGUUGUAGCGCAGUGUCAGAUGGUGUCUUCCAAGGUCCAUUGCCUGAUUGGCCCUCAGAUGAUGCUUUGCGUCAUGAUAGAAACCGAUUUUACGAGCUAGAGAAAUCAGAGUGGCAAGCCACUGAUUGGAUUUCUCUUUAUUUGGAACUUUUGAUUUUAGCAACUGAUAGAGGAAUGUUUGGUGUAGCGCAGACUGGUCUGCCUCAGGUUCAGAUUCUGAAAGUGGUGAUUGAAACUGAGGAAGAAAAUGAGAAGCCCCUGGAUAAGAGACUCAAUGCCAGAAGGGCACAUGUCUAUAUAACUUUUACGGGCUUGCCCAAGUCCCCACGUCUUGUUGAGAUUGGUGAGCAUGUUGAACGCAAAGCUAUCAUUAGAAGAGUCAUCGAUGAUUCAGGAUACUUGACUCUCCUUGGUAAGUUUUGGAGUGGUAAAGAUACCGAGCAGCGUUCUAAGACUCGCCAGAGUGAAGAAAAAGUCGAGAGUUCUCAAAAACGAUCUCGCUUAUGCUAGGUGUUUAGCCAUGUCUGUGUCAGCGUAAUGACAAGAUCCAUUUGAAGAUGUUGAUCAGAUAAUAAGCUUAAGCUAUCUUGUGCUAUUUGAACUGUUUAGGCGAAUUUGUUAGAGGAAUUAACAAUAGUA